UUUCAAAUAGUCUCUGCUCAAACCCCCUUCUCUUACGCUAACAAAUUCGAACCAAAAAUGGAAGUAACAACAAUUCACAACUGAAAUUCAAACUUAUUACAUGUUAACCAACACAAUGGCGACCUCAAUUCUCCUUCAGCAAUCCAUCAACUGCUUCAUCUGCAAUCACCAGCAGUUUGGGAAGAACAAUUUGGCGGCAACUAAACCUAAUUUCGUGGAGAAAUGUAAGAAAGUUCGUGAUAUUAAGGCUAGAGUAGCGGUUGAUGCUAUGGAGACUGCUACUUCUCCUACUGCUUUUCCGUUUUUUCAGAUAGAACCGAAACAAGAAGAUACUCCUGCUUCUAAGCUGGAGCUAGCAGAUCCUGAAUUUUAUCAAAUGGGUUUUGUUAGAAGCAUGAGAGCCUAUGGGGUGGAAUUCAGGGAAGGUCCAAACGGGUUUGGAGUUUAUGCCUCAAAAGAUAUUGAACCUACUCGUCGUGCCAAGGUGGUCAUGGAGAUACCACUGGAAUUAAUGUUAACAAUAAGCCAGAAAACCCCAUGGAUGUUCUUUCCUGACAUCAUACCCGUUGGGCAUCCAAUAUUCGAUAUUAUUAACUCAACACAUCCGGAGACCGACUGGGACCUCAGAAUGGCGUGCCUUCUUUUAUACGCAUUUGAUCAUGACAAGAAUUUUUGGCAACUCUAUGGUGAUUUUUUGCCGAGUGCUGAGGAGUGCACUAGCUUACUUCUAGCUACAGAGGAUGACCUGAAGGAGCUACAUGACGAGAAUCUUGCGUCAACUAUGAGAAAAGAGAAAGCACGAGCUCUAGAAUUUUGGGAAAAGAAUUGGCACCAUGGUAUGCCAUUGAAAGUAAAGCGGCUCGCUCGAGAUCCGGAGAGAUUUAUUUGGGCAGUUAGUAUGGCACAAACUAGACAUAUUAACUUUCGAAUAAGAGUCGGUUCGUUAGUUCAGGACGCAAAUAUGUUUGCACCUUAUGCUGAUAUGUUAAACCAUUCUUGUCAGCCAAAUUGCUUUUUCCAUUGGCGAUUUAGGGAUCGCAUGUUUGAGGUGAUGACAAAUGCUGGACAAAGGAUUAAAAAAGGGGAAGAGAUGACCGUUAAUUACAUGAGGGGCCAGAGGAACAAUAUGCUUAUGCAAAGAUACGGCUUUUCAUCACUUUCAAAUCCUUGGGAUGUCCUUCCGUUUUCUGGAAAUGCAAAGAUCCAUUUAGACUCCUUCUUGUCGGUCUUCAACAUAUCUGGCUCUUACGAAGAUUAUUAUCAUAACGCCAAAAUUGCAAAUGAAGGAGAUAAUUUUGUAGAUGGGGCAGUUUUAGCAGCUGCAAGAACACUGCCCACAUGGUCAGAAGGGGAUAUCCCGCCAAUCCCAAGCUUAGAGAUAAAAGCCGUAAAAACCCUACAAGAAGAAUGCCAACAAAUUCUAGCCGAAUACAGCACCACUUCUAAGCAAGACCAGCAUAUCCUAGAUUCGACACCAGAAAUGAGCUGGACCCGCGAAACUGCAAUCAAGUAUAGGUUGCACAGGAAGUUGUUUGUGGAGAAGGUUAUAGAGGCUUUGGAUAUAUAUCAAGAUAGGAUAUUGUUUUAGUUAUGGCAGUUUAGUGUUGUAGCGUGUGUAGGGCAGUAUGGCUGGCAAGAGGGGUCCCUACAUAGUCCUUUUGUUGGGCCAAAGUACCUAGAACAGUGUUUAAACAUAGAUUUCUCUCACUUUUUUUCCUUUUUUUUUUUUUUUUUUUUCUCUUUUUGCUUAAUUUAGUUCAAUGGGUUUCUCAUGGUAAAUGCCACACUUGCACACUUUAUUCGUGUUACCUUUUUCUUUAAA